AUGAUGAGCGUAGCGGAUCUAUCGCAUCGCUGCACAAACGUGAUGAUUAGUAUCAACGCCUUAGCUGCCUUUUUCCUUUCAAUUGGCGAGCACUUGCUUCAAUCGAUGGGCGACGUCAAUGGAGUUGACAAUAAUUCUCGGGAACUUCCUAUAAAGAUGGAGUUCCCUUUCGAUGUCAGUGAAUCUCCUAUUUUCGAAUGCUUUUUAAUCGGGCAAUUCCUUUACGAAUUAGUGUUGGCUUCUAUAGUUGGUAUGAUGAAUGCGUUACUUGUUUCAUUGAUACUUCAUGUAAGCGGACAAAUUGACAUUAUGCAACAAGACAUAAACGAAAUUUCUAACAGCAAAUACGAUCCCAGUUUAUCCUUAAUUGUUAUUAAAGCUCUUAUUUGCAAACAUCAAAAGAUUAUUACUUUGUCAGAAAAUAUCGAAAACUUAUAUACUUAUAUUGCAUUAAUGCAACUUUUGUGGAAUACUUUGGUCAUCUGCUGUACUGGUUUUGUGAUUAUAAUCACCAUUGGUACCAACGCUAGUGCAACAACUUCAAUCAAAUCUGUGAGUUUUUAUAUUGCAAUCACUCUAGAAGUUUUUAUUCUCUGCUUUGCCGGAGAAUUUUUGAGCGCCAAGAGUAGGUCAAUUAGCGAUGCGGUGUAUGAGUCACUUUGGUAUAAUAUGCCACCGACAAAUAGCCGUAUUUUAUCAUUUAUGAUAUUAAGAUCGCAAAAACGAUUGACGAUUACAGCCGGAAAAGUAGUAGAUUUAACUUUGGAAGGAUUUACGAAUAUUAUGAAGGCAUCAGCUUCUUAUGUAUCUAUAUUAAAUGCAGUGUAUUUGUACGUCGGUUAUCAAAGAGCAAUGAAGCGUGCAAAUACUAUUAGCCUGUCAGUUGAGAUCGGCCUCCGUUUCAUCGGCAUGUGGCCGGAUUCGGCUUAUCCGAAUCUUUAUUGGUUUAGCUAUAUGACAACAAUAGCCAUAAUGCAAUAUUACCAAUAUACGUAUAUAUUUGUACAUUUUGACUUGAACGAUCUUUGGCUUCUCAUGGACUGUCUUAGUCUUACUCUAGCAUACAGCCUCGCCUUUCUCAAGCUACUUGUUCUAUGGUGGAAUCGUCGGAUAUUUUAUUAUAUUUUGAAGGCGAUAGAUGAAGAUUGGAGUGAGUGUGUUAUUAAUGAUUCGUAUAAAUCCACGAUGAUGAGCAUGGCAGAUCUGUCGCGCCGUUUUGCAAAUGUAUCGUUCAGUAUUUAUGCCUUCUCUGCUUUUUCUCUAUCAAUUGGCGAGCAUUUGCUUCAGUCGAUGGACGAUCAGUUCGGCAAUAGUUCUCGAGAACUUCCUAUAAAAAUGAAAUUUCCUUUCGACGUUAGCAGAUCACCGAUUUUCGAAUGUUUUUUAAUUGGACAAUUUCUUUAUGAUUUAGUAAUAGCUUGUGUAGUUAAUUUAAUAAAUGCAUUACUUGUUGCAUUGAUCGUUCGUAGCGGCGAAGAUACAACAAAUUUGAUUAAAUCAGUGAGCUAUUACAUUACAAUAAUACUAGAGGUUUUUGUAUAUUGCUUUGCAGGAGAAUUUUUAAGUGCCAAAAGCAAGUCGAUUAGUAACGCAGUGUAUGAGGCACUUUGGUACAAUAUGCCGCCAAGCGAUAGUCGCAUUAUAUUGUUUAUGAUAUUAAGAUGCCAAAAGCGAUUGACAAUCACUGCAGGAAGAUUUAUAGAUUUGACUUUAGAAGGAUUCACAAGUAUUGUAAAGGCUUCUGUCUCUUAUGUAUCAGUAUUAAAUGCGAUGUACUAAAAUCAUAAAGUGUUAGACAAUUAGAACAUCUCAGUCUAAAUAGUUUCAUUAGAGGAAGGUCGAUAUACCACUUUGUUUUUAAAAAAUAUUUCUUAAACAAAAGAAAUGUAUAUGCCGGUUUACGCUGCACUUUGAUUUUAUAUUUUAAACUGCACUAUAAAAAAAUUAAGAAAGAAAA